AUGGACGACCAACAGACCGAAGAUCGUCACCACGACGAGACAACACAUAACACAUCGCAUGUAACGGAUACACCAUCAAAUGCAGAAAAGGAUGCUUCAUAUACCCAUGAUGACAAUGAGGAAUUUUCGCUUGAUUUGCCGCCAGCUCAUGAUCACAAUGCCGACGAUUCAAGGACCGAAGACAGUGUACUACACCAUUCGCUCGACAUGGACGGUGACGCAGCCGACGACGAUGACGCCCAUCAACCAAAUAACCAAACAAUCUUGGAAGAAAAGGAGAUGCAAAGAAAACUCAUGGACAUUGAGUCAAGCUUUUUACCAGAACCGUCCACAAUCGAUAUGGCUGCCACUCAAAACGCAGGUGUUGAUGACACAUACCUGGUUGGAGUGCCUACGCAGAACCGAGAUCGUGAAGAAGCCUCUUACAACCCGGAUAUAUCGCGAAUACAAGAAGAAAACUCGUUCUCCGAAUUACCUCGUAUAGUCACGCACGAUGAAGACGAACCAGCUUAUAAUCCAGCAGAUCCUACGACAACGCCAGCGACAAAUCGAGAGUCGGUACUCAAUACUUCAGCGCUAGAGUCGUUAGCCUCGUCGCCAACUGCUGCCGCUGCACAGCGAACGGUGUCUCGCUCUUUGCCCACGUCUAGAAAUACGCAAGAAGGCAGCGCUUUUGCGGACUCCGCCGAGAUACACCGAAGCUUAACCCCUAAAAAAAGUCGGCGGAAUUUAUCGCCGGCUUUCUCUGAUACGAGGCGAUCGCGGGAGGCGUUUGUGGAUAGCAACGACGAAGAUGGCAAACCCUCGGGUCCUCAAACGAAGCGCUCUCGUCCUAAAUAUUUGAGCAGUCGCCAAUCAUCACAUCGGUUUUCUGCAUCGUCAAUCACGAGCACUAACACAGAUGCAACGGGUAGCGAUGCAACCCUGGGUGCGGACUAUGCAUUACAAACAGGCGGAGCGGUAUCUUCUAGAGCCAGCAUGGGAAGGAAAGACUUGUCGCGGACGAUCAGUCUAGGCAGCAUGGCUUCUGGGGUGUCAGCACUCAGCGAAGAAAACGCCCUUGACAGACGGGUUCUCAGUGGUGCGACGGAUGGUGGUUUACACACCCUUGACGAAGAGGACACAGGCUCUAUAGCCGCCUCUAGAGACACGGAAGACAACGCGCCAGUGACGCCAAGGGCUGGGUCUAGGGAUCUCAACUUGCCGAUGGAUACGGUAGUUGCGCAGCAUCUGCAGGAUAUUCAGGUUCCGGGUACUUUGGCUCGAGAGUUUCAGGCCAAAUUUUCGACCAACAUCUCUCCUGACAAGCGAGGCGGUGCGCCAACACCUGCUUUCGGACGCAGUGGCAAGAGCAUGACACUGAAGGAGCAGAGCAGCACAAUUGAUCGCCUUUCAAAAGAGAACUUUGACUUGAAAAUGAGAAUUCAUUUCUUGAAUGAGGCUCUGAAUAAGCGAUCUGAAGAAGGUAUCAAGGAGAUGAUUUCAGAGAAUGUCGAGCUCAAGUCAGACAAGAUAAAGCUGCAAAAGGAGAACCAGGGAAUGAAACGUACCAUCCGGAAUCUGGAGAAGCAGCUCAAAGAUAGUCAGUCUAACAAAAGUGGCGUUGACACGGAAGGCGAGACGAGCGAGGAUGAUAAGCGGAAUGAUGUUGAAGAAGAGGAGUUGAUUUUUCUCAGGGAGAGGAUUGAAACAUAUGAGGUCGAGAUUGAGAGACUACGAACUGAGAGUAUCGUGCGGGAGAGCGAGAAACGCCGACUGGCUGAAAUUGUCAAGUCGAUGGGAGAGAACAGGCCUGCUGAUUCGGAGGCUGGUGCGAGAGAAGAGAGAGAAAUGUGGAAAGAUAUGCUUGAUGCCGAAACAGCCGCUCGCGAGCAGGCCGAAGACGAGAAUCGCAAACUCCGUGACGAAAUAUUGCGUAUGAAAGCAGAAGGCAUUGCCACUGGCUCUGAAGCCGGAAGGUUUGGCAGAGCCGGCCGCAAAGGCUCUUUUAUUUCGCAUUCCACGACAUCGGAAAGAGAUCAUGACCGCCGACUGACAGUUCCCAGCUCCACAGGCAGUACGCUUGUUGAGAUUGAGUUGCUGAAGAAAGAAAAUGCCGAACUGCGCAGGGAAGUCAGUGUGCAGACUUCGAUGCUGACCUCUAGAAAUAGAGAGAAAGAGCGCUUGUACCAGGAAAUCGAAGAUCUUAAGCUCCAACGCCGUGAAGGUGGAAGGUCUAUUGCCGGCGACAGCAUCUUUGAGCGAUCAGCUUCGAGAGCUCAUGCUCGAUCUUCAUCUCGAGCAAGCAAUGGUACAAGGGAGUCCCGCUUGAGCGACACAGAGCGUGAAUCUUUGGAAGUACGGAAUGGUGAACUACGCGAUCAAGUUUCGACCCUCAAGCUUGAAAAUCAGGGCCUCCGAAGUCAGCUGGAUGAGUACACAGCCGAACUCGAAGCACUUGAUAAGGCAUAUCAAGCUGAUGUGGACCAAGCCGAGGAAGAGCUCCAGAUACUCCAGCAAGAGCGUGACCAAGCUCUGCAAGUAGCCGAAGAGCGGGAAGCUGCAUUACAGGAUCUGAAGGCAGAAGCACAAGAAGAGAUCGAUACAUUAGGUGAUGAGUUGGAUCAGAAAGUUGAGGAGUGCGCCCGUAUGGAAUUGACGCUUCGAACCCAGGAGGAGAACCUGAAGACAUUGCAAGCGGAGAUGAGAUCUGCCAGCGAAGGUAUUCUCCGACUCGAAGAAGAUGCACAGAGCAAUCUUCGCAAAUUUAAGGGAGUACAGCAAGAGCUAGAAGACUCGAACAGGGAGAUUGAAUCCUUGGAGAAGAAUCUCUUUGAAGCAAAUGGAAAAGUGCAGAGAUUGACCGUGCAGAUUGAGUCGAGUCAGGGUGAGAUAACCUUCUUGCGUGAAGAGCAAGAUGCAGACAAGAUUCGAAUCAGUGAGCUUGAUUCAGAACUCAAGGCAUACCGAAUCCACCUGCAAGUUGAGAAAGAAAAGACCAAGGAGCUAGAGACGCGACUAGCAGAAGAAAGACAUCAACGCGAAGUGGUUGGUAGCAAGGAGAAGCAAGAAGUGCAGCGUAUCAUGAAUGACCUCAACCGCGAAGCUUCGGCCGCUAAGGAUGAAAUUCGAAGGUUGAAGAAGACACUUUCUGCACGUGAAAUUGAUGCAGCGACUUGGAAAGAGCGCCUCAUGGAGCUUGAAAAUGGCUUACGGGAAGCUCUUGGAGAUUUGAACGGUACUCGGUCUAGUCUUCUGAACUCCAUUAUCAAACUUCAGAAAGAGCUUGAAUCAAAGUCUCUUGACUUGGAAAGCACCCGGUCUAAGCUCGAUGAGAAAGAAUCGCUUUUGCAGAGUCGUGAGGCAUUGUUAGAGAGUCACGGACUCGAGUCUCGCAAGCUUGGAGAUCUUUUGGACCGAGAACGACAAGCACGCCGAGCGGAUAAACACUCAUUCGACCAGGCCUUGAAGUCGCAGCAACAAGCCUCACGUACGAUUUCUCAACACAACUCCCGCAUCAGCGAUUUAGAGUCUGCAAGAAGCCAAGACCGAAAGCGGUAUGCAAGUCUCGAACAGCAAUUGAAGGAUCAGCUCAGUGAGCGUAACGCGCUAUACUUGACGCUCUGGAAGCGAUUGUCGGUAAUGUGCGGACCUGACUGGGCACAUAGUAACAGCCUGAUCAAUGGUAAUCUGCCCAGCGUAGAGGUCAUUGGUAACAUGCUAUUCUGGCCAGGUUUCAGCCGCAAUCUCCUUCUCUCAGUCAAGACUGUCGAGAAUAUGCUCUCGGGAUUCAGGACUCGUAUUAGACAAGUCGAACGUGAUUUGACCAAGGAAUACCAGUCUCUGGAGCAUAAUUUUGGUGUUCGAGUCAAAAAACUCGAACGUCUCGAAGAAGCUGUUCGCAAUAUUCGCAGCCAGCAACGGGCUUCCGGUGUUUCACCAGAAAUUACUAAACUACGAGGCGAGGUUCGAUUCCUGAAAGCUGAACUGAACUUGAUGCAAACAAACCCUUCGUCUCGUCGAGCUGGCUCUAAUCUCAGCCAUGCUACUACUGCGAUAGAUCAGGAGCCGCUCGCUUCACCUGUUAGUCGUACACAGUCGACACUUGUACGCUCAGAUUCGCGUGGCAAGAAGGGUACACUCUCUCACAGUCCACCCAGCAUGCCGCAAUCGAGUACUACCCUUGUAGAAACAUCAUCAUCGACAUCCUCACAACGCAAACCCCACGACUCCGAGCAAGACAACGUCAUGAUCCAACGCCUACGAGAGUUAGAACGGCGGCUUAAAAACGAACGAACAGCAAGAUUAGCAGACCGCGACGGCGCCCGGAAACGCCUUGAGCAACGCGAUGCCGAAAACGAAGAACUUCGCGCAGAGCUUGAGCGAGAGCGAAUGCGCCGGAGUACACGGGGGGUUCUGGAACCUCCAUCUCUGAGUCGGGGAAAUAGUCAGCGAAAGACUUCAAGGACAUUGGUGGUCGAUUCGGGGCAUACGUCUUCCGGGGAAGAUGACAAGCGUUCGUCUGGGAGUGAUAAUGAAGAUACGGAUGCUCAUAGUUCGUAUGGAGAGGGAUUUACGGUUGAACUUGAGAUGUAG